UCCAGUUCAGCAAUCUGCAAUCGGCUUUAUUUUACUUGCGGUUUCAUUUCAGGCAUUCUAGCCUACACACCAAACCGCAAUGGCGUUACUACUUGAAGGACUUCUUACAGAUAUAGGAAAAUGUCUCACAUGUUCAAUAUGCUUUGACAUUUUCACUGAUCCAGUGACUUUAACUUGUGGGCACAGUUAUUGUAUGAAAUGUUUAGAUGAUUAUCUACGUGGAAAAGCGAAUGGGAAGAAGGAAUGUCCCCAAUGCAGAGGUAAAAUUAAACCAGGUUUAAAACUGCCUAGAAAUUUUACACUUUAUAACAUCGUUAAUGUUCAUUGCGACCAUAAACGUUUUUUAUCCAACGAAGAAUCUACAAAAGGACAUGAAAUGGAAGUGGUAAGUUAAAAAGUAUGCUUAUUGACUCCUGUCACGAUCAACGUCGCGACAUAAUAACACCUGUGUGUACAUGGAAUUCUAAAUAGGAAUAAAUCAGUUUGGCGGAUACACUUUUUAUGUUUUACAAUAAAAAAGUGCACAACUAUAGAAUAUUAUAUGAUAUUACAUUAUAUAAUUGCCAGGACUUCAAAGAGGAUAAAGCUGAAGAAUGUGUUGCCUCACACUCACAAGAGACUGAUAUCAACAGACCAUCUGAGCUUGGAAGUACUAUUCAACAGCAACAGGUAAACUUCCCAGAUACAGUAUUUACAGUAAGCUACAACUUCCUCAUUCUUAGUCAGUUUUAUUUUUUAAAGAUACUUUUCAUGCUCCUGUGUUGUGCCACCUGUCAUAUAGGCGGAGGCCCCUGUUGUUAUAAAUGACACAAGCUCAGAGGUGACAGAUGACAGGUGUCCUGAUGUCCCAGCCACCCAUGACGGUCGGUUUCAGGAGUUGCCCAUCUCCCCUCCAUCAAAUGACAGACACAGGGCCGAAGGUAGACUGUAGACUUUGUCCUAUUCUUGAGUCUCAUUUGAAUAUUACUCCUUAUAAUGUACUGAAACUGUAAAUAUAAUGUGCUGUUUCACCAAUCAACCACUAGGUGGGGUAGCCUAUAUACAGUAUGGCCAUUCAAAGACAUCUGUGUCAUUAGAGUACAUCAGAUAUACCAGCGGUGUAAAGUACUUAAAUAAAAAUACUUUAAAGUACUACUUAAGUAGUUUUGGGGGGUAUCUGUACUUUACUUUUUAUAUUUUGGACAACUUUUACUUUUACUUCACUACAUUCCUAAAGAAAAUAAUGUACUUAAAACUCCAUACAUUUUCCCUGACACCCAAAAGUACUUGUUACAUUUUGAAUGCUUAGCAGGACAGGAAAAUUGUCAAAUUCACGCACUUAUCAAGAAAACAACCCAGGUCAUCCCUACUGCCUCUGAUCUGGUGGACUCACUAAACACAAAUGUUUAGUUUGUAAAUUACGCUGGAGUGUGCCCCUGGCUAUCCAUAAUUUAAAAAACAAGAAAAUUGUGCCCUCUAGUUGGCUUAAUAUAAAGAAUUUGAUAUGAUUUAUACUUUUACUUUUGAUACUUAAGUAUAUUUAAAACCAAAUACUUUUAGACUUUUACUCAAGUAGUAUUUUACUGGGUGACUUUCACUUUUACUUCAGUCAUUUUCUAUUAAAGGAAAACUCCACCCAAAAACUAUAUUUUGGUAUUUGCAAAAUGCAUCAUAUAGGGAUGAUUUCUGUAUUUUGAAAGUUACAUACAGUGGGGAGAACUCGGAAUACUCUAAAAUGUUAGGAUAUAAAAUUAACACGUAUAAAAAAUAAUCAUGGCAAUAGGAAAAAUAAAAAUAAUAACUCAUGAUCUACAGCAAUUAUUUAAGUGGACCACAAGAAAUAUGAAAUACUUAGGAUGCUUAAUAAGUGAUGACAAACAACAAAUAUAUAAAGAUAACUUUACCCCAUUACUCAACAACAUGAAAGCAGAUCUAAUUGAAACAAUCGCCCCAUAAAUCUACCAGGUAGAAUAAACCUCUUUAGAAUGGCAUGGCUCUCAAAGUUUUUAUAUUUAUUUUCGGUAAUACAAAUUACUCCACCGAAGACAUUCUUUUUAAAAAUGAUACUAUGCCAUAACAGACUUCAUAUGGGCAAAUUAAAGAGGAACAAAUAUUUAAGAUGUGCAUACUCAUCCCCAGAAUCUUUUCACGUUUCUGUUUUCAAAGGAUGGAGCUAACAUUAACAACUUCAUUACUGGGUGAUCUGAAAAGUCAUAGUCAAUCGAUCAAUAACAUAAUAAUACUUUUAGCAAAAAUGUUUAUUUUCAAUUCACAAUCUGUAGAAACAAUGAGAAUAGAAAGGUUCAGAACUUUUGUAAGACAUCACAGUACAGUUGAAAUAUAUAUGGCAAAUAGAAAUCCUAUAUGGAUGGUGUUAAAAGAUAGAUGGGAGGUGUUGAAUGGAAUUGAAGGAUGGGACUAAUAACAACUAACAACAAAUAAUUACAAGAUAACUAAUAAUGUAAGCAUACUGUGUCCAUAAUAAGUAUAUAGGUUGUAGGUUGGGAGCUUUUGUGAAAGAGCACAGUUAGAAAGAUAUGGCAUAUAGAAGCAAACCGGAUGGACAUCAUGAAAAUGAUCAGAGAGGUUGAGAGUAGAGGAAGUUCAGGAGAAAAAACAAACAAAAUAUAAUUAUUGUAAAAUGGACUGUGUCCAUAAAAUGUAGAUAGUAGGUAUAAGCUGGAAGUAGAGGCCUAAUCAUUGUUGUUCACUAGUUUACUCCAAGUAGGGAAAGGGUGGUGGGGUUGGAAAGUAAUAAAGGGGAAUAUAUACAGUGGGGAGAACAAGUAUUUGAUACACUGCCGAUUUUGCAGGUUUUCCUACUUACAAAGCAUGUAGAGGUCUGUAAUUUUUUAUCAUAGGUACACUUCAACUGUGAGAGAUGGAAUCUAAAACAAAAAUCCAGAAAAUCACAUUGUAUGAUUUUUAAGUAAUUAAUUUGCAUUUUAUUGCAUGACAUAAGUAUUUGAUACAUCAGAAAAGCAGAACUUAAUAUUUGGUACAGAAACCUUUGUUUACAAUUACAGAGAUCAUAUGUUUCCUAUAGGUCUUGACCAGGUUUGCACACACUGCAGCAGGGAUUUUGGCCCACUCAUCCAUACAGACCUUCUCCAGAUCCUUCAGGUUUCGGGGCUGUCGCUGGGCAAUACGGACUUUCAGCUCCCUCCAAAGAUGUUCUAUUGGGUUCAGGUCUGGAGACUGGCUAGGCCACUCCAGGACCUUGAGAUGCUUCUUACGGAGCCACUCCUUAGUUGCCCUGGCUGUGUGUUUCGGGUCGUUGUCAUGCUGGAAGACCCAGCCACGACCCAUCUUCAAUGCUCUUACUGAGGGAAGAAGGUUGUUGGCCAAGAUCUCGCGAUACAUGGCCCCAUCCAUCCUCCCCUCAAUACGGUGCAGUCGUCCUGUCCGCUUUGCAGAAAAGCAUCCCCAAAGAAUUAUGUUUCCACCCCUUGCUUCACGGUUGGGAUGGUGUUCUUGGGGAUGUACUCAUCCUUCUUCUUCCUCCAAACACGGCGAGUGGAGUUUAGACCAAAAAGCUCAAUUUUUGUCCCAUCAGACCACAUGACCUUCUCCCAUUCCUCCUCUGGAUCAUCCAGAUGGUCAUUGGCAAACUUCAGACGGGCCUGGACAUGCGCUGGCUUGAGCAGGGGGACCUUGCGUGCGCUGCAGGAUUUUAAUCCAUGACGGCGUAGUGUGUUACUAAUGGUUUUCUUUGAGACUGUGGUCCCAGCUCUCUUCGGGUCAUUGACCAGGUCCUGCUGUGUAGUUCUGGGCUGAUCCCUCACCUUCCUCAUGAUCAUUGAUGCCCCACGAGGUGAGAUCUUGCAUGGAGCCCCAGACCGAGGGUGAUUGACCGUCAUCUUGAACUUCUUCCAUUUUCUAAUAAUUGCGCCAACAGUUGUUGCCUUCUCACCAAGCUGCUUGCCUAUUGUCCUGUAGCCCAUCCCAGCCUUGUGCAGGUCUACAAUUUUAUCCCUGAUGUCCUUACACAGCUCUCUGGUCUUGGCCAUUGUGGAGAGGUUGGAGUCUGUUUGAUUGAGUGUGUGGACAGGUGUCUUUUAUACACGUAACAAGUUCAAACAGGUGCAGUUAAUACAGGUAAUGAGUGGAGAACAGGAGGGCUUCUUAAAGAAAAACUAUCAGGUCUGUGAGAGCCGGAAUUCUUACUGGUUGGUAGGUGAUCAAAUACUUAUGUCAUGCAAUAAAAUGCAAAUUAAUUACUUAAAAAUCAUACAAUGUGAUUUUCUGGAUUUUAUAUUCUGUCUCUCACAGUUGAAGUGUACCUAUGAUAAAAAUUACAGACCUCUACAUGCUUUGUAAGUAGGAAAACCUGCAAAAUCGGCAGUGUAUCAAAUACUUGUUCUCCCCACUGUAUAUUGAAAACUUGAUUGCUGACAAGCAAACCAUUGUGGGACUAUGUCAACAAUGGACUAAUGAAACAAAUACCAAAAUAUAGUUUUUGAGUGGAAUUUUCCUUUAAGAUAUCUUUACUUUUACUCAAUAUCUUUACUUUUACUCAAGUGUGACAAUUGGGUACUUUUUCCACAAUGGUCAGAUACAGUAGGCUACAUAAAGCUGAAAAACUUUACUGCAUUCAUCUAAUGACUUCAAUCUCACAUUUUGUCCGUAUCUGACCAUAUAUGUCAGCAGGCUUCGCCCCUCCACCCCAUCCCCUGCCUGGGGCCAGCUUCUCCUGGCUCACCUUCAACCCAGCCCUGGGCCACAGGCGCCUGACCAUCCUACCCAAAGAGCACAGAGUGGUGACCAAAAGGGCGUCCUCCGCAUGCCACGAUUGACCGCUUUGACAUCAGCCAAUGGAUGGCGGAGCAGGAGUUCAGUGAAGGCUGCCACUAUUGGGACGUGGAUACGUCGGCGAGUGCGAGCUGGGCCGUCGGCGUUUCCUACCUCAGCAUCGGCCGCAGAGAUCACCUGGGUCGCACAGCCAACUCCUGGUGCCUGGAGUGGAGCAGGGACAAGUUGUGCUAUUGGCACGAUAACAUAGAGGAGUUUAUCAAACAUGGCUGCCCCAGUAUCGUUAGACUGGCUCUGGACGUGACGAAUGGGACCUUGUCGUUUUAUAGCCUGUCUGACAGUCAGACACUGCUGCAUUGUGUGGAGGAGGGAUUCACAGAGCCAGUGAGGCCAGUGUUCUGGCUGUUUGGGCUGAAGCCAAACAAUGCUCUGUCCUUUCCUCCUUGGGCGUCAUAAGGUGAUGUGAGGAUGGGGACAACAUAAAGAGUUGUCUGUUUGUGAAUGAGAUAAAUAAAAUAAAAUAUUUAGGAAUGAGUUGUCUGUUUAUGAAUGAGAUAAAUAAAAUAAUUUUUUUAGGAAUUAAUAUAUUUAGCACAAUAUUCCUAUUAGAGGUAAAAAAUAAAAUGAC